AAUCGUUAUCCGUCGAUGGACCUCGAUCGCAGGUACGAGCACUGCAACGCAUUUCACGUCGAAUAUUAUGAUGAGCAUGGCCGGACAGUUGGUGCCCCGGAAAAAGUUCAGCCAUAUCCGGGGCAGAAGCUUCGUGAUUGCCUGGAAUAUCGUUUGCGGCAACGUGGCCUAGUGCCAUCCACAGUGCUUUUCUUCGUUGAAAAUUCUCGAACACCACUACCAGAGAACUGCGAUGCAAACUUCCUUUCCGGUCAGCGCAUCGUUGCAAAAGAGAUAAUGAACUGCACUGGUGAGUUGGGGUUGGUUCUGGACAACCGGCUACCUCAGUUGUUCGCUGCUCAGUUAUAA